GGAGGAGCUAGGCGCCUCGGAUGUGAUAACAUGCUUAUUUUUCCAUCACCACUUUAUGGUUAUCGAAUUUAUUGCCCGUCAUCGGAUCAAUAGGUGUUUCGGGUCUCCGAAUGGAUUUUUUAAAAUGAGAAAUUACUGAAGAACACAAUUGAAGAAACCAAUUUCCAAUGUUGGCAGUGGGCCACUCGCCGCUUCUUGUUUGGAAUAUACCCCUGCCUUCCGAUUUCGUGUCGUUUUGAUUAUGGAAACGUGUUCUUUGAGUCACGUAGUCCUAGCCCGUCUUUUUCUUGUGGUCCUCUUGAUCGUUCUGAGGCCCAUCAAUGCGUGGACGUACACCUCCAGCACCAGCGAUAUGGAUAGGACACUGGUAACGAGGGGAUACUUUUCUCCCAGCGUUACGAACUCUGAAGAAAUAACUGCCUUAAAAUACUUGUUUACUACUUCAAGAACUUCUAAAGACUUUAGGGAGGUAUCAUCGCCAUCAACUGGAACAGAACAAUACCACCGAGUCCGGCAUUCUGAUGACAGUGAGACCCGGACAUUGAGUGAAGACAAAUUAGGUUACUACGGCCACUACCAAGAGGUCUGAACCGUUUUCCCUUCCCAAUCACUACAUCGGAUUGGUGGCAACAGCUGUCUCCUCAAGCCUUUACUGGAAUUGAACCUCAAUCUGCACAGGGGUCGAGGUCCGCUUCUUGAGAAGCCACUGAAAAAAACACGCAUCUCUCCACGGUCUCAACCCGCGGGGCAUCAGAAGGAACCCUUAGUUUGUCGAAAGAGCAGAUGAGCUCUACCAUUGUAGUGUCCACAGAGGCUACCACACAUUGGGAAGACCAGACCAGACUAGCACCAGACCACCUACUAGAGACCUACCCUGGGCUUCGAGUGGACCUCAGGUCUGUGACACAAGCCAGACUCCCUCAGGACAGCCCUGAUGCUGACAGCAGUCUCAGGCAGGACCAGUCGACGAACCGAGGCACCGUGGGUCUCAGGCAGGACCAGUCGGCGAACCAAGGCACCGCGGGUCUCGGGGAGGACCAGUCGGCGACCCGAGGCACCGCGGGUUUCGGGGAGGACCAGUCGGCGAACCGAGGCACCGCGGGUCUCGGGGAGGACCAGUCGGCGACCCGAGGCACCGCGGGUCUCGGGGAGGACCAGUCGGCGAACCGAGGCACCGCGGGUCUCGGGGAGGACCAGUCGACGAACCGAGGCACCGCAGGUCUCGGGGAGGACCAGUCGGCGAACCGAGGCACCGCGGGUCUCGGGGAGGACCAGUCGGCGACCCGAGGCACCGCGGGUCUCGGGGAGGACCAGUCGGCGAACCGAGGCACCGCGGGUCUCGGGGAGGACCAGUCGGCGAACCGAGGCACCGCGGGUCUCGGGGAGGACCAGUCGGCGAACCGAGGCACCGCAGGUCUCGGGGAGGACCAGUCGGCGAACCGAGGCACCGCGGGUCUCCGAGAGGACCAGUCCACGAACCGAGGCACUGUGGGUCUCGGGCAUGGGCAGUCAACAGCCACUCUCAGACAGGACCAGUUGACAGACCUAGGAACCGUGGCUCUCCCUAUCCCCAUCCAAACUGACAGCACCUACAUCUCCUCCACUGUGAGUCGAGCGGGAGAGAGGACUUUACUGUCUGUGAUAUCCAACAACACUUCCAUGUACUCUGAGGACUCCAACUCCUCCUCCCAGUCCCGGGCCUCCACCUGGAACCUCCCGACUGGCCGCACUGGAGCCGGGGCUGGGGCCGUCACCAUCAGGAUACCCUUCACAGGACCUGAGCACGGGCAUGAUGCUACAUCUGGGUCUGACUCUUACCACCACACCGACUCCUCACAGGAGUGGUCUGGUGGUUUCGCCUCCAGAGGGACCAACCCACUGACUGGACCUCUCAAUGUGACCCAACAGCAGGACCACACCUCUCUGGUUUCAGAGGGAACCCCCAACUCCACCCCUCCGCUCAGGGUGGUUGAUAAGCACAGCAGACGGGACACAGACACAACAGACUCUAGUCAGCCCUCCAGAGGCAGGACAUCCCAGACAGAAGAGGGGGUUUCUGCUUCAUCACAGCCCCCUGUGCUGUCGUCAGAAGAAGGCCCCAGCCACCCCAACACCUCUCAGGGAGGAGAAACAGAUAGAGAUUCUCCCUCCAUCCUGGUCACUGGGUCUGAGACCUCCACCAAGUCCUCCACAGGUCCCCCUAGCACCCGGGGGGAGCAGGGUGAGACAGAGGGGGUCCCUUCGCUCCACACAGAGGACAAUACUAUCCUAGGCCUGGGUCUUACUACUGCUCCCCCAACACUACGAGAUAGUGCCACUGCCCUGUAUGACUCCCUGUCUCGGUUCCUCGCCACCCAGCCUCCCUUCAUCCCCAAGACUCAGCGGCCGCCGGUGGCCACAGAGGUCCUGGUGUCCACCACACCUGUUACCAUGACAAUAAAGUCACAGGUCACCGAGGAGGAGCCCUACAUUGUUACCAUGGCAACCAGCACCACACCGACCCCGCCUCUUACUACGACGAGGAUGGUUCAGCCCAGUACCACCACUUCCAUUGAGGCCCAGACUCAGCCCACCAUCAUCCCUACCACCACUACCACGGAGACUACCUUGGGUCUCCAGAGCUCUGCUUCCACCCCCCAGCCCCCGGGCACCACUCAGACUCAGACCCAGACCCAAGGACCCUCAACGGGGAUGAGCUCCACCGACGUCACCACCUUGCACCUGGAGACCAGCACGGCCACACAGGGGGACACCACGGCCCACAGCAUCACCACCACUGCAGCCUCCUCCUCCUACAGUUACGGCGUCCCCACCAGAAACACAGUGGAACUACACACAACAGGGAAACACACUGACAUGGGGACCACUGAGAUAGAAGUGACCACCGCUCCAAUGGACAUCAGAUCUACACCGCAGACACCAGGUAGUGCCUGUGAGUCCGGCCCCUGUCUGAAUGGAGGUGAGUGUCUACCCUAUGGAGUGACUGGGUUCACCUGUGACUGUCUGUCAUCAUGGACAGGACCUACCUGCAAUGAGGAUGUGGAUGAGUGUGAGAGUGGCCCCUUGGGCCCCUGUCCCAGUGACUCUACUUGUGUUAAUACCAGGGGCUCCUUCAGCUGUGAGUGUCCCCUGGGUCUGGACAUGGAGCAUGGAAGAGACUGCACGCGAGCAAAAACUUUCCUGGGCACGUUCAGUUUCAACGUCCCCCUGCUCUCCAGGAGCGCCACACUGCAUGAGAUCCAGAGAGAGAUCAACCAGCUGCUGAAUGCCUCACUAUCAAUUCUGCGUGGUUACCGGCGCUCUUCUUUGAGUAAAAAAGGGGAGGACGGUGUUCGUAUCUCUGCUGUCAACAUGUUCUCCAUCUCUACUGAUGUGACCAGCUCUGAGGUCUACCACAUCAUACAGAUGUCUCUGAACAACUGUAACAGCACCGCUGGACACUGCCGAGUGGUGGUCACUCACCAACUUUCCUAUCAUGUUGAGAGUCUGUGUCUGGCCCAGAAUAUCCAGUGUCACCCUGAGCAUUCUUUUUGUACCGACUCCAAUGGGACAGCCUACUGCCAGUGUCAACCAGGGUACUUCAAACUCAAUCCUGAGGAUCAGUCCUGCAUAGAAUGUGGUGAUGGUCUGAAACGGGUCAAUGGAACCUGUGUCAGGUGCACAUUUGGAUUUGGAGGAUUCAACUGUGGAAAUUUCUACAAGCUGAUAGCUGUGGUGGUAUCGCCAGCAGGGGGUGGUCUACUCCUUAUUCUCAUCAUCGCUCUCAUUGUCACCUGGUGCAAGAAAGACAAGAAUGACAUCAAUAAGAUUAUUUUCAAAAGCGGAGAGUUUCAGAUGUCGCCGUACCCAGAGUUCCCAAAGAUUAACCGUGUUUCUAUGGAGUGGGGGAGGGAAACCAUCGAGUUGCAGCAGAACGGUAGCACCAAGAACCUGCUACAGAUGACAGACAUCUACUACUCUCCUGCUUUGCGUAACUCUGACCUGGAGCAUAAUGGCCUCUACCCGUUCUCCGGCCUGCCGGGCUCCCGUCACUCCUGCAUCUACCCCGCUCAGUGGAACCCUUCCUUCAUCAGCGAUGACUCACGACGCCGGGACUACUUCUGACGCCCAGCUACUGAAGAUUGACUGCAACAAAAACACUUCACACUGAUUUUGGAUCAUAUGAUUUGAUUAUAUGUCACAAGCAAUAAUCCAUCCAUUAUAAAAGUUUGCAUGAAUUCAUAAUGUGUGGAAAAACGUCUGUUCCACAAAGUGAGUGUGUUUUUGUGUGUGCACGCGUAGACACCCAUUUGCCAACUGCUGUGAAUUGUAGAUUAACAUUAUCUUAUUUUAUUUCACUGAAAAUACAGGUUGAAAAGACAAGCUGCCGAACUUGUUUUGUGUGUGUGAAGUAUUGUUACAUUGUGAAGAUAUUUAACUACAUAUGAGAUGGAAAAACAUGUAUGUCAGAUGAGGAAAAACAUGUAUGUCAGAUGAGGAAAAGAUGCACCAAAGUGGUUUCAUAUGACAGAUUGAAUGAUGGUCAAGGUCUGCUGCAGUCUGUUGGUCUGAACAGUAGAACAGUUGUUAUUUAUGGAAUAUUUCAACUGUUAGAAAUGUAUGAAGACAUUUUCAACAUCUUGCAUUGUAAGAGGGACUCAUACCCCACCCUAUUCUAUAAGGAGUAACAUCUGAAGUUUGGACCAUAAGAGUGUGUGUAUAUGUGUGUGUGAGAAUCUUGGAUGAAUUCAGAUCAAUCACCAUGCCAAGUUUCAGAUCUCGUUGAUUGUUUGCAUAAUUAUGUACUUUAAAAACAGCAGGCUUAAUUACAAAUAGAUGGAGUUUCCUUGUAUGUAUUUGUCUUCCUUCUAAUAUGAAUGGUCUCUUACCUCUGGCGUUUUAGUCAGUCAUGUAUUUAAUAAUAAAUAAGAUAAAGUUCUGUAAAA